CAUCAAUUCAAGUCUCGGCAGCAAGUUUCGUAGCCGAAUCUCGAUAAUGAAGCUUUAAAUAAACUGCAGCGUUCCCAUCGGAUGUAAACCCAUUACAGCAGCAAGCAAAACAUCAUUGAACUGUUUGCAGUAAUCAGCAUUCAGCAAUAAAAAUCAAAACUUUAUUGUUCUUCUCUGCGGAGAAAUACCAAACCAUUCAACGGGGGAGUACUAAAAUACCCAGACAGCAGGAACCACUAAAGAUUCAGACUUUGAAGCUAGAAAAACCUUCAACAAGACAAAGCAGAGUUUUCCCCCUUUUAUGUGACGAACCUGCGCUAUAACAGCAGCAAAAGACAUGCCGAGAGGGAGUGCAACGGCGUCCAAGUUCUCCCCACGAAUACCAUCCCCGCGACUUCGCCGUAACGGAGCAACCACCAACUUCCGGCGACGGGGCACGCCGGCGGGCCGCGGAUUUCUCUGGGCAGAGCUGAAUGAUGAUGAAGUAGAAGUUGCAGAGGACGAGGAAGAAGCUUCGUCUACCGACAAUAUUUUGCUCUUAUUCUUCUUCCUCGUUGUCUUGUUGUUUCUUAUUCUGAUUGGAUUGCCGUUCUCGAGGGGUUGUGGAGGAGGAGUUGGGAUCGCCGGAGUAGAAUCGUUUGCGGCGGAUAGGGUAGGAGUGGCCAUGGCCGGCGGCCGGGGAGGAUAGUGACCGGAGAUCUGAUUUGAAAAUUAUGCAUAAAAAUUGGGAGGGAGAGGGAAAGAGAGAGAGAGUGUUUAUGGGAAGGAGAAAGGAAGAAUUUAUUCUUCUGGGUAAUCGGCGAGAAACUGAGAAGAUACGCGACUGUUAGAAGUUGAGGCUGUUUAGUGUUUUCCGAGGCGAUGGCUGAAUAAAAUGAAUAAAACCACCGAUUUCUGAUUUGUUCAUAGAUUUAGCACAAUAAUGGUACAACGGUAAAUUUAAUUUUCGUGACUCUUCAAUUUUGUUUGAAAAAUCAUUUUUAAUUAUUUUCCAAUAAUGCAUACAAAUUAUUUUAUGGUAAAGGUUCUUUUGAGAUGGAGUUUCGUUAUGUUUGAUGGUAAAAAGAUAGACUUUCGAAUAAAAUUAAUGUUCAAAA